GGCGCGCUCAGUGCAAACAUCUGCCCUCUGAUGAUCUACGGGAGACUUCAGCUCUCCGGCGUGCUCACUCUCCUCGCAUCAAACCUCGGAUCAGGGAGACAUGACCCUCCGUUAUAUCGCGCUCGUGAUCGCGGGACUCGGCGUCCUCACGUGCAAAACAUGGGCCAUGGUGGAUGUGAACAUGGAAGACCGGGUGGAUGUAUCGCUAAAAGGCCAGGCUGAAAUCUCCUGUAUCUACAACCUGGAGGAACAAGCCAAGAUGAUAGUCUGGUUUACGAAAUUGCCAGGCAGAGACCAAAGCAGGAGAAGAAUCUACUACUAUGAUGAUCAGAAAGAGAUCAUUGAAGAAGGCAGUGAAUACGCCGGGAGGAUCAGCGUCACACACUCUUAUGAUCCACAGAACGCACGUGGAAGUGCCCUUCUGAUCAUCAACAACGUGCAGCUCAGUGACCAGAAGGAUUUCAUCUGCAGCAUACAUGACGUGUCAGCAGACAUGGGUGAAGGACACACUCGUCUCCAAAUAUUCAACUCGCCAUCUCUACCUGUGAUUGAAGGUGUACCCAAAGGGAUUUCUGUUACUGAGGAGGAGCCAUCAAAGGUUGCACAUUGCAAAGUGGACAACGGAUAUCCCAGACCCAACAUCACAUGGUACAAGGACAGAUUCCCUCUCCAGCAAUCAGAUGGUGAGGUGAGGAUCGCGGAGUUUGAGACGAUCAAAGCUAACGGCCUGUUCACAAUCGAGAGUGAUCUGUACAUUAGGGUUCAGAGGACAGAUGAACAUGCCCUUUUCUACUGUGAGGUCAAAUACUUUGUCCCCGGUGCUUUAAAAAUGACUGAGUCCAAGGAAAUCAACAUAACAGUUCACUACCCUACGACAGAAGUAACAGUGUACGUGAAUCCACCUGACAGGCUUAUAAAAGAAGGCGACACUGUGGAGAUCCGAUGUGAGGGAAAUGGAAACCCUCAGCCCGUUUUUUCUUUCACACAUAAAGGGGAAGAUUUGAGCUCAAAUAAUGAAAUGCUGCUUUUGGAAAACGUCAAGCGGUCAGACAGUGGGACGUAUGUGUGCCAGUCAUUUGACUUUGAAUUAGGCUUUGAUGCUGAGAUAACGCAGGACGUCAAUAUCACAGUACACUAUCUGGACCAAGUUGUGGUGAUACCAGAGGAGGCAGUUCUGAAACAGGGGGAAGAUCUCAGCCUAACCUGCAAUGCCUUGUCCUCUUUACCCACACUGACAGCAUGGUAUAAGGAUGGCACACAGUUGGUGAAGGGCCAUGUUUUGGAGUUGCACAAUGCCUCCUUUGACACUGCUGGAUCAUAUAUAUGUGGAGUAACAGUCCCUUCGCUUGAUCUAGAAAAACAAAAGCCUGUGCGAGUCAGUGUGCAAGGGAAGCCUAGGAUCACAGAGGAGAUAGCAGUGGGUCCACUGAACAAGGCUGACCGCUCUGUUAACCUGACCUGCUAUGCAGAAGGCUACCCAUUCCCCACCAUCGCCUGGAACAUCUCUGACCAACGUACUGGGGAGCCUAUUCCUCCGCCGGAAGCGGUGAGCCUGAAGACGGACACUGGUAUUUUCAGCAUAAUCUCUGUGAAAGCCAUGUCUGAACUCACAGCCAAGUGCACUGCUUCCAAUGAGCUGGGGACAGAAGAAGUUUCUCGCAAUAUUGCAGCAUUUGCACGUGUGAAAACAACUACAACCCAAGCCACCAGCACUAAAGUUGCACGCGUGAGAUCAACUUCAACCCAAGCCACCAGCACCAAAGGACCAGGAUUAACCCUUCCACCGAAACAACCACGUACAGGAGGUGGAAGUGGAGUCAUUAUAGCCGUCAUCAUCAUCUGCCUCCUCCUCAUAGCCAUACUGGGAAGCGUGCUCUACUUCCUCUACAAGAAAGGAAAGCUGCCCUGUGGACGCUCGGGAAAGCAGGAUUUCACGAAGGAAAAGGCCAGUAAGGAUGAUAUUGUGAUGGAGAUGAAAAGCGGUAAAUCUGAAGAGGCGGUGCUUCUACAAGGAGUCAAUGGAGACAAAAAGUCCCCCACCGAUUAGGUCAUUACUUUAGAACAGCCAUUCCCAUUAUUAGCUCUUUUACAGUACACACAACUCAACAAUCUUAAACAAGACCCAGGACUGAUAAGGCUGACACUCACCAUGCUACGGAGACGUGAUGAUGUUUUCUUUCAAUUAAAGUCCAGACUGAAAACUACAUGCAUAUAGCGGCCUUUGUCCUACAGCGCUCCGUCUCAGGCUGAGUCCUCACAACAUCUUCCCCUCUACACGAACCCUCACUCAGUUCUGCUUUUUUCUGCCCGGAUUUUUUUCUUUUAAAAUGCUAGAAUCUGAUUAAACAUACAGUAAGAUGAUCCAAAAAGCACCAAGUUCAUUAUGGACGACUCCUCUCCAAUACUUACAAAUUGUAUAUAGAUAUGAAACUGUAUAUAUUUAGCUAUUUAAAAUGCCUAAACAUUUGAAGGGUUGCGCUUGGGAUAUCUUUUUGAUAACGCAAGUCUGUUUUUGAGGGUCUUUAUUCGUCUGGUUUGAACCUGCUCUCACCUCUGCAGCACCAUAGUCCAAGCACUGAAGCGUCUUUAGCACUGAAAACAUCCAUCUGUCCUCUGGAUCAGCACUGAAACGGCCCAAUGAUACAGCUUGAGGGCAAUUUCUCUAAAAAAAAUAAACCGUCCGGGAAAGUCUCUGACAUGGUUGACCUUUGUCCAAAUAUGUAAGCAAAAUGUUGGGUUCAUGUCAUGCCUCUGGUUUUAUUUUGAUAUUAUUAGCUUUAUCAAAUUAAGUUCAUGUUCACUGCAAGGGCUGAGCAUGUGAAUGACGUUAAUGUCGGUUUGAGAUAAAAACGUCCCUCUUCCCUGAGAAAAACGGAAGCGGCUUAGUUGUAUUCGCUUUCUUAAAAUUACCUGCUGUCCUCAUCUUGCACUGAAUGUAAAUAAUAAAAACACGACCAACCCUCCCAUCUUGAAAUUUUAGAGGAAAUAUUAAAAUGCAUGUGAAAAACUGCAUUCAUUUAUCACAUCGGAGGGAGAGUAACAGGAAAAAAAAUGCAGGUGUUAUUUUUAUACUUUUUUUUUUUAAACAACAUUUUAUUAGAUGUUUUCAAUCCAUAUUUUGAAGGUUUAUAAGUUGUAUCUUAGUCUAUGCAGUAUGUACCCUGUACUGUUCGCAAAGCAGGCCCACAGAUGGACACAAUGGUCAUUAUCACACUGAAGUUCACCCCUUUCAUUUCCUCUGGUUUUGUCACACCGUUUAUGUUUAGUGUCAGUAUUUUUUGUUAAUGCUUGUUUUUGAAUUGUCCUGGUAUUUCUAUUAAAAAGGGCUGGCUUACUCAAGCCUCAAUUUUGUCACA